AUGUCUCAUGGGUGACCAAAAAUUUCACCAACAAACUUUUUGCUCUCCCAAAACAUUUUUAUUUGUCCAUACUUGACUUGCUGUUUCACAAACACAAAGGCGAUGCAAGGUGCGGCUAUGGCGACAUGUUCAUCAUUUUCAUAUGGGAGACCUCACCAAACCCUAGACUCUCCUUCUUCAACCUCAUCGCCUCUCUCCCAUCUCCCUCCUUUCAAGAUAUCGAGCUUUUUAGGCACACGCAUUUGGAAUUCGAGGAAGCAGAGUUUGUUGCGAAUUGGAUUUCGUGCUGCUAAUGGUAGCCGCGGCGGAGUGGUUAAGGCUGUUGCUACUCCAGAAUCAGCUGUUGAAUUGCCACUCACUGCAGAGAACAUUGAGAGUGUAUUGGAUGAAAUUCGACCGUACCUUAUUUCAGAUGGGGGUAAUGUUGCAUUACACGAAAUUGAUGGUUAUGUUGUACGGUUGAAGCUGCAAGGUGCAUGUGGCUCUUGUCCAAGUUCUACAAUGACUAUGAAAAUGGGGAUCGAGCGUCGUCUCAUGGAGAAGAUACCUGAAAUUGUUGCUGUUGAACAAGUACCUGAUGAAGAAACCGGCCUUGAGCUAAAUGAAGAAAACAUAGAAAAGGUCCUUGAAGAAAUAAGGCCAUUCCUUGUUGGAGCAGCGGGCGGUUCUCUAGAACUUGUUGCAAUAGAAGAGCCAAUUGUGAAAGUUAGACUGACAGGUCCAGCAGCUAGUGUUAUGACUGUUCGAGUGGCUGUUACUCAGAAACUACGAGAAAAAAUACCAUCCAUUGCAGCAGUUCAACUCUUGCAGUAGGGAAAUUCCAGAAUGCCAAGAGUCAAACCCUGAUGGUCUUGAGGUUAAGUCCGACGUGCUGAAAAUUUGUACAAUAUAAAGGGUACGUGAGAACAUGGUGGCAGGCUAAAGCACAUUACAGGUUCUGUACAGUUUAUAUGGUGACAACUCUCAGAUCUAGUUGUGUCUGUUAUAUUAAUCUUGUUGUCAGAAACGUCUUAUGUUCCAUGUUAUGGUUAAUCACCUGUAUACUAUCAGGACAAAUAAAAUUUAAGUGAAAUGUUGUACUCUCGUGUGU